AACAAAAAAGAAAACAAAACAGGCUGAGUUGUCAAAAAUGUUGGCAAAUUGAUUCCAUCUGUUUUAUUUUGUAAAUUAAGAAACUUACUAUAAUCUCAGUGUUAUUCUAAUUCCUUAGCAGUUAGCAAUAAAUUAGAUUUAUGUGAUAAUCCUUGGGCAUACAAACAGUGAUAUGAUGACAUAAUGUGCAAUAACAAUUAAUCAUUUGCAAAGAAACUAAAAAGUAUCAGUAUUUGAAAAUGGAUUCCGAAAUAGACUCGCCUGCUGUGGCUAACCCCAUAAAUGAAGCAGAAGGUUAUGUCCAAAGUGAAACAGAUUAUUCCAGCAUAAGGGGGAAAAUGAUCAUGGUGAGUCCAACAGCUGAUGAAUAUGAACUUCUACACAAACAACUCAUGGAAAGACUUGAAGCUGGAAAUGGAGAAAUCAUAUAUGACAUAGGACAAGGGGAAGACGGUCGUGGGCUGACGGAGGACGAGUACAAUGCGUCUGUGGCGACGCUGCAAUCGUUAGUGAGUGGCGGACGCGUGUCCUGCGUAGAACUGCGGCGCUGGGAGUGCGGCUCCGGGCUGACCGGCCAGUAUCUGCUGCGGACCGAGCUAGACCACACCGACUUCAUGGAGAUCAGGGUAGCGGUAGUGGGCAACGUGGACGCGGGCAAGUCGACUCUUCUGGGGGUAUUAACGCACGGAGAACUUGACAACGGACGCGGAUACGCGCGACAACGACUGUUCCGGCACAAACACGAGGCUGAAAGCGGCCGCACCAGCUCCGUGGGCAACGACAUCCUUGGCUUCGACAGCAUGGGUAACGUUGUGAAUAAGCCGGACCACGGCACUCUGGACUGGGUUAAGAUCUGCGAGAAGUCAUCUAAAGUGAUCACGUUCAUCGACCUGGCGGGCCACGAGCGGUACCUCAAGACCACGGUGUUCGGUAUGACGGGCCACGCGCCGGACUUCGGCAUGUUAAUGAUAGGGGCGAACGCAGGAAUAGUGGGUAUGACGAAAGAGCACUUAGGCUUAGCGCUGGCGCUAUCCGUGCCUGUUUUCGUGGUAGUUACGAAAAUCGACAUGUGCCCGCCCAACGUGCUGCAAGACAACCUCAAGCUGCUCGUGCGCAUAUUGAAGUCGUCGGGGUGCAGGAAGGUGCCAGUCAUGGUGAAGAAUAAAGAUGACGUUAUAGUCAGCGCGACCAAUUUCGUCUCGCAAAGACUGUGCCCGAUCUUCCAAGUGUCCAACGUGACGGGCGAGAACUUGCAGCUGCUGACGAUGUUCCUCAACCUGCUGAAGACUCGCAUGCCCUCGCACGACGACAAGCCGGCCGAGUUCCAGAUAGACGACACGUAUUCUGUGCCCGGUGUGGGCACAGUGGUGUCGGGAACCACACUGGCGGGCGUGAUCCGCCUCAACGACACGCUGCUACUGGGGCCCGACCCACUCGGCCGGUUCAUACCCAUCGCUGUUAAAAGCAUCCAUCGCAAGAGGAUGCCUGUACCGGAAGUACGCGGCGGACAGACAGCCAGCUUCGCGCUCAAGAAGAUAAAGCGGUCGCAGAUCCGCAAGGGCAUGGUGAUGGUAUCGCCGGCCCUGAACCCGCAGGCGUGCUGGCAGUUUGAGGGGGAAAUAUUGGUUCUACAUCACCCAACCACCAUCUCCUCGCGUUACCAGGCCAUGGUGCACUGCGGCAGCAUCCGGCAGACGGCGUCGAUCCUGUCGAUGUCGCGCGACUGCCUGCGCACCGGGGACAAGGCGCUCGUGCGCUUCCGGUUCAUCAAGCAUCCCGAGUACCUGAAGCGGGGCCAGAGGAUGGUGUUCCGCGAAGGCCGCACUAAGGCGGUAGGCAACGUUCUUCGACCGGAGCCGCACGCCGCCAAGCCGCAGGCGCGACGCGCUGCACCAGCACCCGCGCUCGCGCCCGCGUCGCACCCGCUGCUCGACAAUACCGCGCAGCAGUCUCAAGAAAGUCACGUGACCGGCUCAGACUCCCCGUUCGACGUGACGCCGAACAAACGCACGCGCCGCCCGCGCAAACGACACGACAAACCGCCCGACCAACACUCGGUCGCCGCCAACUAAACGCUAACACACCACAUACCAUAAUAGAUGAUACAACGUACAACAGUCAAGUCUUAUAAUAUGUACCUACGCGCCGCCCGCUCUAACGACACGACAAACCGCCCGACCAACACUCGGUCGCCGCCAACUAAACGCUAACACACCACAUACCAUAAUAGAUGAUACAACGUACAACAGUCAAGUCUUAUAAUAGGUAUCUACGCCCCACCCUCUCAAACGACUCGACAAACCGCCCGACCAACACUCGGUCGCCGCCAACUAAACGCUAACACACCACAUACCAUAAUAGAUGAUACAACGUACAACAGUCAAGUCUUAUAAUA